AUGGCGUUACCUGCUCGACCUUGUCUUCAUAUACUUCCCAAUAUCUUUCAUUUUCCAUGUAGGAAAUUAUUUUACUUUCUUCUGAUCCCUCUGAGUGACAGAAAUCUCUAUCUUUUCCUGCUUAAUAGGGCUCAGACCAUCAUGAAGGCUCGUUUGAAAGGGGCUCAGACGGGUCGCAACCUCUUAAAGAAAAAAUCUGAUGCUCUGACUCUUCGAUUCCGGCAAAUAUUAAAGAAAAUCAUUGAGACUAAGAUGUUAAUGGGUGAGGUGAUGAGAGAAGCUGCCUUCUCGCUUGCAGAGGCAAAGUUCACAGCUGGAGAUUUCAGUACCACUGUGAUCCAGAAUGUGAACAGAGCUCAAGUCAAGAUCAGAGCCAAGAAAGACAACGUAGCAGGUGUAACCUUACCAGUGUUUGAGCAUUACCAAGAAGGAGGGGACAGUUAUGAGUUGACUGGCUUAGCUAGAGGUGGGGAGCAGCUGGCAAAACUGAAGAGGAACUAUGCCAAAGCAGUGGAGCUGCUUGUAGAACUGGCCUCGCUCCAGACUUCGUUUGUGACGCUGGAUGAAGCCAUUAAGAUAACGAACCGGCGUGUGAAUGCUAUUGAACAUGUGAUUAUUCCCAGGAUUGAACGCACGUUGUCCUAUAUAAUCACAGAACUGGAUGAGAGAGAGCGAGAGGAGUUCUACAGGUUAAAGAAGAUCCAGGAGAAGAAGAAAAUAUUGAAAGAGAAGAGCGAGCAAGAGCGGGUGUUACGGAGAGCUGCUGGGCGGGAACAUGAACCUGCUAAUCUCCUAGCAGAAGAGAAGGAUGAAGACCUCCUUUUUGAGUAGCUCUGUUAAAGGGGAAGAUCCAGACAGCAGUGUGCUAACUGUUGUAAUUCUGGACAUUUAAUAUGUGGCUCUACAUUUGGUGUAUUAGUCGUUCAGCUUCAUUGAUUGUGUUUUUCCCCCCCAAGAUGAGAACUUUGUGAGCCUUUUUGGUGAGGGGUGAAAGCAGAAAGAUGAGGAGGACUCUGGUGUCUUUUUAGUGUAUGGUAGGAACAAGAACCUCUCCCUAUCUACUAGCAGUGGUUUUACUCAAUCUCUACUGCUGUUGGAUUUUUGAAGGAUGUAUUUGAAAGUUAUUGUAAUAACUUUUCUCCCUUUUGUGAAAUACUCCUCGUAAGAUGGAAACAUUUAAACUACAUGCAUGUUAAUAGGUAGCAGUGGAAAGUUCUGCUACAACUAACUUAUUACUGAUAAAGCUGGAUUGUUCAGGCUAGCCUUGUUGCAGAAAUCCACACAAGCACCUGGAAGACCUCUUUCAUUUUGUGUAACAGUUGUGCCUGUGCUGUAUAAUAAAAUUUUGAAGGUUA